AUGGACGACGAUAACGCAGAUACAGCUGUGGACCCAGGAGCUUCUGCUGCCGCAAAGAGUGUUGUUACGAGUUUCAACAAUGGGGACAGCUUCAAGGAGCCAACUUUCAUCUUGGACAAGUUUCUGAAUAAACAUUUGCGCUACACAAGGAAAAGGAUUGUCUACCACCCAAGUGAGAUAACAACACUUUGUCUGACUGCUGAGAAUUCAAUCAAGAAACAUUACAAGGAUGAUAGCUGCAUUAUAAGAAUUCGACAUUUGCCCCUCUACAUUGUUGGGGACCUUCACGGGGAUUGGCGACAACUUUUGCGAAUCUUCAAUGCUUGCGGAGCGCCUGGUGAAAAGGCCUAUUUGUUUUUAGGAGGUGAGAGGAGAGAGUUUGCAAAGUUUAAAAGAGAUAUUAUUUAUCAAUUUUCAGACUAUGUCGAUCGCGGUAAUCGUUCGGUUGAGGUUGCUUGUUUGUUGAUUUAUCAAUGCAAUUCAGUGUAUGGAUUCUACGAAGAGAUACAAUCCAGAUUCAAUCAUGGGGAUAGCAUUGCUGUGUACAAAGCUUUCAACAAAGUGUUUAGAUGCUUUCCUCUAGUUGCGCUAGUUGCUGAUCACAUUCUCUGCAUGCACGGAGGGAUUUCGCCAAAAUUAAAUAAACUUAGCGAUCUUGCAAAGAUUAAAAUUCCUUUGGAUAUAACAACUGAGGAUUCUUUGCAAUUAGAUUUGCUUUGGGCCGAUCCUAGUGGGGAUGUUCAAACUUUUGAGAAGAACGUUCCAAGAGGAUGCUCCAAACUUUUUAGUGUUCAGGAUGUAUAUGCGACAUGUGAAAGACUCAACCUUAAACUCAUUGUGCGUGCACAUCAGCCUUUCAAUCGUGGAUUUGGAUUCUUUGCUGGAAAGAGAUUGCUUACUCUGUUUGGGGCUGUGGACCAUGCAGCGAAGGGUAGUUAUGCCGGUGUUCUUCAUUUGCAAUUGGAAAAGGCUGUGGACAAAAAAGGCAAAUCAACUGGUAAACUUGAAAUUCAAGCUGGUAUAAUUCUCUUCCGUCCGACAACCAAAGAAACUAAAGGAAAACACAAAUUCCUCAUAGAGUUUGAAGAGUUGGGAACGGCAGAUGUGGACACAGAAGAUGAGACUACUCAACUUGAACGGAUGGGAAAGAUGCCAACGGAAGAAGAAAUAAGGGAGGCGAUGAAGGAUUGAAAUUGAAUAUGAACGGCAUAAAUAGUAGAAAAAUAUUGUAUAAAACAACUAGGUAUAUGUUUCUGUGUUGUAUAUUGCAAAUACUUUUUCGUGUAAAAUAUUGUUCCUCAUUCGAAAGCU